AUAACGCAAAUAGCAGUAACUUACUCUUACAUACAUCCCCCUUCUUUACUCAUCUAAUAUAGUUCCAACCUUCUCAUAUUUCUUUUAUAACGUAAAAGAAGUUCUUAUAACUUCUUUUAAAGAACUCAUCUCAAAUUUCACAUACAUCCCCCAAGCAUAUAACAAUGGACUCAAAAUCUACUAGCAAUGAAACAGCAAUCAACGUACCUGAAACAGAGUCCACCAAGCAAAAAUCUUCUUCUGCUGCACCUGCUGCAGUUGCCACAACUGUAGCUACCACGAAAGCGAUUCCUCAUAAUCAAAAGGGAGGAUGGAGAAGAGGGGUUGCUAUUUUCGACUUUAUUUUGCGACUUUGUGCGCUUGUGGCUGCUCUGGCUGCAGCAACUACCAUGGCAACAUCUGAUGAAACUCUUACUCUUUUCACUCAGUUCUUUCAGUUCGAAGCUAGCUAUGAUGAUCUCCCCGCUUUCUCGUAUUUUGUGGUGGCAAAUGCUAUUGCAAGUGCAUACCUUGUCCUCUCUCUGCCUUUUUCCAUUGUUUCCAUUGUUCGACCCCAUCUAGUUGGAGCCAAACUUCUGCUUUUAAUUCUUGACACGGUAAUGGUUGCAUUUACCACAGCAGCAGCAGCUGCGGCAGCUGCCAUAGUGUACUUAGCAGAGAACGGCAACUCCACCACACAAUGGCUGGCGAUAUGCCAACAGUUUGGCGAUUUCUGCCAGCGAGUGAGCGGCGCAGUGGUGGCUUCCUUCAUUGCAGCAUUCAUCUUCAUCUUACUUGUUGUUUUCUCUGCCGUCUCUCUUCGAAGGCAUUAGGACAAACGAACAUUUGGAGUCGCUGGUGUUACCUUGUUAUGUACUGUAUAUCUUAUGUUGUGCUUUGUAUUUGGUGUUUUUCAUUUUGAUUUUGUUGUAAUGAAAUUGCAUAUCAGUUGUUAUGAGUUUUUGGAAGUCAAUUUGCUUAUUCCCUUAUGUAAUACAUCAAGACUCACAAUGUUAAUUUCUCCAUUUUUUACCGAGUAAGAAAUUUGACAUUAUUUCGA